AUGGAAGUGUUACAUAAUGUGCAACAUAUAACUGGAAGGAUUCCCCAAAUUAGUAAUUUUAAAAAGCAUAAUGACGAAAAGUUAAGUGUAGAAUCAAAUAGGAAUAUAGAAAAUUACAUGCAAGCAUUAGUAAAUUUAUAUUUAAUUACAAAACAAAAAAAAAAAAACUCAAAACUUUUGGUAGACUCUGAUCAUUAUAGAAGUUGCAAUUGCAGAAAAGGUAGAAGAUCUAGAAAUAGUAACUUUUCGAAUCAAAGUGGAAAAGGAAAGAAUGAAAAUAACAACAAAAAUAAUAAUGUAAACAAAAAUUCAAGUAAUAAAAAUAACAAUGAUGGUUAUGAUAAUGGAUCAGAUAGUGAUAAUGAUGAAAAAAAAAAUAACUUCAAUAAGGAAGAAAAGGAAAAUGAUAAAAAAAAAAAAAAAAAAAAGAAAUCAAAAAAAAAUAAAGAAAAUGAAAAUACAGAAAGAGAAGAACGUGAAGAAACAGAAGAAAAUAUAAAUGAAAAUGAUGACAAUCCUGAAAAUGAAGAUAUGAAUAUGAAAGAUAACACUAAUUUAGAAAAGACAGUGGAAUGGAUACAUGAUAAUGAAGAAAUAGAAAAUAUACAAAAAAAAAGAAAGGUAAGUAAUGUAGAAAAUAGUGGAGAAAGUAGUAUUAAUAACGAAAACAUACCCCAAAGAGAUCAAAGUUAUCAAGAUUCUCAUGCCAAUACAAACAUAUCUGAUAACACAUUAAGUCUUACGAAAGCAUUAGAUAUAAAUGAACAAAAAAAAGUUAAUGAAAAUUUAGGAAACUUUAACCCAUUUUCAAGUAAUUCUUGUUGCAUUGAAAAAGAAAAAGACUCUGAUGAUCAAAAUCCUUUUAAUUCAAAUGAGGAUGUUUAUUUUUGCAUGGAAAGAAAAAAUACAAAAAUUAAAUUAGACAAUGUCUUAAAAGAAUUAAAACUAAAAAGCUCACAAAGCAUACGAUAUCAAAGCACAAAUAGCAAUAGUCCCAAAAAUCAUAAUAUUUCAAAUAAUAAUACAAAUAAUACAAAUGCAAAUUUACAACACAUAGGAAAAAUUAUAGAUAAUAAUGAAUUAAAUGGUACUACUUCUAACUUAUCACUUAAUUCAAAUACUCAUAAUUCUAAUAGUAUAUUUCAUCAUUAUGUAACUAGAGCUGGGCAAAUGAAUAAAAAUCCUGUAAAAAGUGUUUCUUACAAUUUAAAUAAAAAAUCACAGUCAUUUGGUUUAGAUCGCUUAUAUAAUACAGAUAAUUCAUUUUACUUAAAUAAUAUCUCUUAUGACUUUAAUAAAUUUCAUUCUUGUGUAAGUAAAGAAUUAAAAAGCAAUUAUGAGUCAAACAAAAGUGAAAACGGUAAAUAUACUGAAGGAGAAAAAAAUACAAAUAAUUGUAUUGAAAAAAGUUUGAAUUGCAUUUCAGAUCCUUUGAAAAAAAUAAAAAAAUAUGUUCCUACUGAUAAUGUAUGCUACGAGAAUAAUAAUUGCGUGAAUGCUUUAAAAUACAUUAAGAAUUAUAGUUGUACUAAUCCAAAACAAUAUAUUAGAAAUUAUAAUUGUAUUAAAAUUGCAAAAUCUACUAUUUCGGAUAAUACAUGUUUAUAUGGUAUUAAAAAUGCGAAAGAACACUUAAAUUUCCAGAAAGUUUCCAAAAAUUUGAAACACUUAGAAAAGAAUUAUGAGAAAAUUGGAGAUGCUUAUAAAAAUUAUAUUAACAAGUGCAUAACUAAGGCAAAAAAAACUAUUAGCAAUAAAAAGGAAGGCUGUAUAAAUAAUAAUAAUUGUAAUUAUCAAUUUUUCAGUAAUAAUUUUUAUAAAUUAGCUUCUAAUAAUUGUUUAAAUCUCAGUAAAGUCUACUCAAGAAAAAAAUGUAAGAUUAAGACACUUAAUCAUAAGAAAUAUUUUGCGCUCCUAAAUUCAUGCUACAGAAAUCAUGUUGAUUCAUUUAAAAGAAAAAUUGAUAGAAACAAAAGAUUUAUUCAUAACUACUGCAACGCUUGUUACAUCGAUUGCUCCAACAAUGAAAUUGGAUCUAAUGACUUUUCUGGAAAAUCCUCUUGUUUCGAUUAUGGAAACAUAGAAGUUAAUUCAUUAGAGCGCAUUAAUUCUUUAGAUGAUGAUGAUAUGGGACUAAAGGAUUUAUAUAAAUCUAGAUCCUAUAACAUAGUAAGAGAAAAUAGUAACACCUCAAUAGCCUUUCAAAAUUUACCUGAUGUUAACUCAAAAAACGGUUGUAGACAUAAAAAAUAUGUCAAUAAUUGUUUAAGAACAAGUAUUAAAGCAUUAAAACAUUUGAAAAAAAUUGUUCCUUCAUAUGGUACCGAAAAUGAAAUUAUUUAUGAUGAAGACAAAAAAAUAUUUUUUGAUUUAGAAGAUAAUACCUACAUUAAUGUUAAAGGAAAUUUAUAUUAUAAUACAAAAGAUAAAUUAUUUUAUGAUAUUGAAUAUGUUCAAGAUUUUUCAUAUAAUGUAAAAAAUAAUUUAAUAAAUUUUUAUAAUUUUCUUACCACAGAAAAAUAUGCGCCCUGUAAAGUGAUUAUGAAAAUGUGUUUGCAUAUUAAUGAAUUUAUGUAUAACUUAUUAAGUGUAAGAAAUUUCGAAAUGUAUUAUAAAGAUAGACAAAACUUAGUUGAAAUUAUUAUUAAGUAA